AUGACUGAAUUUGAGGACGAGCCUAUUACGUUGUCUGCACACGCUUUGGCGGCGUUGCAGGAGUUUCAAGCUGAGGAGAAACAACGUCUUGAGAAAUUUGAAUCUUUAUACAAAGCCUCGGAAAAUAAAUUUGAUGAGCAACAAGCAAAACCCGUGGAGGUAAAGAUCGACGAUUUCAAAGAAGAUUGGCAGUUGUCACAGUUCUGGUAUGCCGAUAACACAGCAAGAACAUUGGGUAAAGCGUUAUUAGAAGGAGCUGACGAGGAUACUGUUAUUGUUGUGGCAUCUGCUCCGUCGGUGUUUGCCGCAAUCAAGCAAUUUCCUGAGGAUGAGAUACCAACAAAGCAUAUCUACUUAUUGGAAUACGACACACGGUUCAAAGUCUUGGCUGGAAGUGAGCACUUUAGUCUGUACGACUACAAUGAGCCGGAUGCGAUUCCUGAUCACUUGAGGCACAAAUGUCAUCGUCUACUCAUAGAUCCGCCAUUCUUGGAAGCGGAGUGUCAAACUAAAAGUGCACAAGCAGCAAAGAACUUGCUAGUGAGGGAGGACGAAAGGUUCGAGAAAACCAAGUCCGGAGACACCAAGUACAAGUUGAUUUCAUCUACAGGGGAAAGGAUGCAUGAUGUCGUCACUAACCACUAUCCCGGAACCAAAAUCACAAACUUUUAUCCAGAACAUAAGAAUGGAUUAAGCAACGAGUUCAGGUGUUAUGCCACUUUCGAAUGUUCGUACUGGAAAUUCACCCACGAGGACAACUAG